CAUAAAUGCUAAAUGCCAUCGAAGGUACAACGCUUGGUAACUCUUCUGCUCCUUUAUCCUCCUUCAGCUGAAGAACAAUGGCUUCCUUCAGCAACCUGACUAUUGGCAUUGCUGUUGCCAGUUUUACUGUAUUUCAGCUCCUGUUCCACGUUUUAAGUUCUUGGGUGUCAACACGAAUAACGCCCGGUUUUAACAAUCUCGGCCAAAAAAGGAAGAUCGAAUGGAAUUCAAGGACAGUGUCCACAUUCCACGCCUUGGUGGUUGGUGGGUUUUGCCUAUAUAUUUUGUUGUAUGAUGACGCUGUUAAUGCUGACCGUCUCUGGGGUGACCCUUCAAUUGUGAAACUGAAUAUUGCUAUUACCACAGGCUACCUCAUUUCUGAUUUGUUGCUUAUUAUUUACUACUGGAAGGCAAUUGGUGACAAAUUUUUUGUAAUACAUCACUUGGCAGCUCUGUACGCUUACUAUUUUGUACUGAGCAAAGGUCUGUUGGCUUAUUUUGGAAACUUCCGUCUGCUUGCAGAGUUCUCCACUCCUUUUGUCAAUCAGCGGUGGUUUUUUGAAGUACUAGGAUAUCCCAAAUCUUCAAAGGCCAACAUCAUCAAUGGUGUGCUGAUGACAGUUGUGUUCUUCGUGGUGAGGAUUGCCGUCAUGCCUAUAUAUUACAGCCAUGUAAUUUCUUCGUUUGGAACAGAGGCUUUCCAGAGAUUAGGAUUUGCAGCCCAGAGUGCCUGGAUUAUCUCAAGUGUUGUCUUGGAUGUUAUGAACGUGAUGUGGAUGGUCAAAAUUGCAAAAGGAUGCUACAAAGUCAUUUGUCUUGUCGGACAGGAGGAAGCCAAAACUCAUAGAAACGGAAAAUCUGCCUAGAAAUCACAUGCGUAAAAUGAAAUUUCUGCUAUGAAAAUAAUUUGGGUUCACUGAAGCAGUGCACAUUUCUGCCAUGGAAUGCUCCUCUUAAGGAAACAAGGUAUUACCUCUGUACUGACCUUACUCUUCCCCUAGCCACACUGCCUGCACACCCAGGGCCACGCUUUACGGAUCCUGUCCGGUGAGGAAUAAAAGCAAAAGCUCAUACAAAUGAGUUCCACGUGUCUGCUCUGAGCAGUUACAAGCUACUGAAAUUAGAAAGGAGCAGACUGGUUACUUGCUUGUUGUCCACCAGUGUGUUUGAAGUGUUUCACUCAGGUUUCUCAGAUUAAUGUUUUAUAAAUCCAGUGAAUACUGACAUCUCUCUUUUUUUAGAAAACAAAAAACCUCCCCAAACUCCUGAUAUGGUGCAAUUUUCCUGGCACGUUUCUAUGUUUUCUUCUAGGAAUAGCAAUCAAGAUUUCAUUCUUGACAACUUUUUAAUUUUUGCAAGAAAAGCUAAAAAAUUAGCUUUGAUUCUGUGAAGUCUUUUACUGCUUUUUGUUCUGCCUUAUAUGAAUGCAAACCAUUUUGGGAAAUUUAUGAAAUAAUUUUAUCUAAAAUGCUGUAUUAUAAGACUACAGAAUAUCUUAAAAAUUGUUAAAUUCUCUGAUUUUGAUGGGAAGGAUUCACUUUUGCUGUGUUAGAUUACAUGCAAUAGUACAUCAUCUAAAUUGCCUGUGGAAUUUUUUUCAUAAGUGUGUGGAAACAGCAUAAUUCUUACUGGAGUGCUUUUUCCUUUGCUGCUACUACCUUUGAGAAGUGCUGCAACUCAGAGUUUUUUUAACCAUUGGCUAUUUGGAUGCGAAGUUUAAUUGUAAAGAGAGACAAUUCUUCUGUAUAUGUGCUGUGUAACUUACAGUGAUACUUUUUUUUUCUUUUAUCACAGAAAUGACCCAUUUGAUAUGAAGUGUUGAGCUUUUUUGUCACAUUUUCCUUCUUAAUCACAUCAGAAAUCUGAGUUGUUGACUAAAAACGUUCUUGAAUUAACUGUGCCAAACUUCUGUAAAGCUGUACGGUAAUUCUGUAGAACGACAGUUCACUUCUGUGGGCACAACAUUUUUUAUUUUUUUUUAAACCAGGUAUUUGUCUAUAGGUACUCUGUUCCUUCUCCAAACUUAAAGGUUUGGAGGCCAUCAGAGAGGAAUCUUACCAUCUAGGAAUAGUCUAGAACCUAAUUUAUAAUACAGUUUGAGGAAAUUCUGGGUUUUGUUUUAUUUUUCAAUGAUUUUGAGAGCUGUAUUUUGUGUAGUUUGGUUUUGUUUUGCUUACUUUAAACCAUAUCUGAAUUGGGACUGAUUAAAUUUUGUCGUUUGUUUGUUUGUUUGUUUUUUUGACAUUACUUGUUAUUUGUUAUACCUUCUGGCAAGGUGUGCUAAAAGUAGCCAUUUUCACUCAGUACUUCAGUGCACGUCCCAAUUAUUGUAGCAGACUGUUUAAGCCAUUUAUUUUAAACAAAAAGAUAAAAUAUUUACCCCGUGUAGGAUAAUUAGUUUUCCUCUUGUCCUGUUCCCUCUAACGAAGCUGGGUGACGUGAACUCUCCCCUCUGUAGUCGGGGGCGUGGGUGCCCCGAUGCUGUGCUCUCGGGUGAGGGACGCAGCGUUCCCGUCUUCCAGGAAUUGCAUGUCUGUGAGACCCCGAGGGGGCUGCGUAGGCUGAAGCGCCGUACAACCCAAGGGUGGCUGCGGUGACUUUAGCUCCCCAGUUAAAAUGAUGUCGGGGACCGCUGUUUGGGCUAGCGGAAUACGCACUUUUGUAAGCCUCGUUCCGCUGUUGAACUGGGCAGGCAUUUUUCCAAACCGGUUUCCCAACCCUGCCUUGUUAAGGGAGGUAUCAAGGAUUGUUAAUACUUCUGAGAUGUUUUUUUUUUUUUUAGAUUCCGUGCUUUUUAAUAAUUCACAGGCCUGCAGACGAAAGAUCUGUUUAUGCCUUGGCAAAGAUAGCAAUUAAUCUGUUUAGCUGUAUGAUUUGAGUGAGUGCGGUACCUUAUUUGGGUACCAGUAAAUCCGUAGUCUUUGUGAGUUGAUCCUGUGACCUGCUUUGCUGAAAGAAACAGACUCCCUUUUAUACUAAUUUGCAG